GCACAGCGAGUUGCUAUUUUGAAGGACAGUGCUUGAGCUCAGAUCAUAUUUUGCUGACAAAAUAUGGAUUGAAAGAUGGAUUGGCUUUACAGAAAAACAUUUGGGUGCAUUGGCUCAUGUUUUAUAGAAACUUUUUCCUGGCCGUUCCAUUCGUUCUUUCAGAGAAUCUACAUUUUGGCACCACCAGAAAUGUCGGAAAAUUCGCCGGAGCCCAAUGUUACUGAAGACAAGGAACAGAGCCGUUCUUGCCUGUCAGCCAGCCCAGUGGUGGAAGAAGAAGAAUGUGAACACAGUCCAGAGAAGAAUCCCACAAGGCAGUUGCCCCUGGACACUAGACAAGGAUUGAUAAAAGGUCUUAAGGAGAAAAGGCUCACCCCAAAGAGACUGCAGCUCCUUCUGGUGGGAAAAACAGGAAGUGGGAAAAGUGCGACAGGAAACAGCAUCCUUGGCAGGCAAGUGUUUGAGUCCAAAAUCAGUGCUCGACCAGUGACCAGGACAUUCCAGAAAGGGAGCAGAGAGUUGGACGGGAGGGAACUUGAGGUGAUUGACACCCCAGAUAUUUUGUCACCUCAGAACCAGCCUGAGGCAACAGCUAAGAAGAUCUGUGACAUCUUGGCCUCACCAGGGCCCCACGCAGUGCUCCUGGUGAUACAGGUGGGCCGGUACACUGCCGAGGAUGAGGAGGCUGCCAGGUGCCUCCAGGAGAUCUUUGGAAACAGGAUCUUGGCCUACACUAUUCUGGUGUUCACCCGGAAGGAAGACCUGGCUGAGGGCUCCUUAGAGGAAUAUAUUCAAGAGAACAACAAUAAGAGCCUGGAUGUUCUGGAUGUCGCAUGUGAGAGGCGCCACUGUGGUUUCAACAACCGGGCACAAGGGGACGAGCGGGAGGCCCAGUUGCAGAAACUUAUGGAGGAAGUCGAAUUGAUCUUGUGGGAAAAUGAGGGCCAUUGUUACACCAUGGAACUUCCAAAUGCUCCCAGCAAAACGCUUUAGCCAACUAGCAAGGCUCUGAGGAGGCAACCCUUAAAGAGAACCUUUCUGGCUGGAAAGGCUAUCCCAGAUUCAGAUGGUCUCUGAGAAGACCUGUCGGUGCUGAUGCAGAGGCAAUCCAUCUGAGUCCAAGCUGGCCAUAAGCAGGAGUAUCUUAGUCAGUGUUCUGUUGCUAUGAAGAGACACCAUGUCCAUGGCAACU